CAGACCCCCGAGAGAAUCACUUCUACUCCUUGACCCCUCGUGCCAAAAGCAGGAGACACUAUGAGUUCCUUCAGCAUUUGGAAGGAUUACCUUGGCCUGAAUGCCCUGGUGAGACAGUUGGCACUAGAGGAGACUGCCGCAGAUCCUGAGGUGCCAAGCACUGGGGCAGAGACAGAGGUGCCCAUGCAUGACAGACCGCAAGAGGUGCCAUGGAGAGGCAGAGAGAUGCCAAGGGGUGGCACAGAGACAGAGGUGCCCAUGCAUGACAAACAGCAAGAGGUGCCAUGGAGAGGCAGAGAGAUGCCAAGGGGUGGCACAGAGACAGAGGUGCCCAUGCAUGACAGACAGCAAGAGGUACCAUGGAGAGGCAGAAAGAUGCCAAGGGGUGGCACAGAGACAGAGGUGCCCAUGCAUGCCAGACAGCAAGAGGUGCCAUGGAGAGGCAGAGAGAUGCCAAGGGGUGGCACAGAGAAAGAGGUGCCCAUGCAUGCCAGACAGCAAGAGGUGCCAUGGAGAGGCAGAGAGAUGCCAAGGGGUGGCACAGAGAAAGAGAUGCCCGUGCAUGAACAUAGGAGAGGCAGAGAGCAAGAAGUGCUAAGGAGCGGCACAAAGAAAGUGGUGCCAAGGAGUGGCAGUGAGGAGGAGGUACCAAGUAGCCGUGGAGACUGCCAAACAGACAGUACAAGGCUGUUUGCAUCAAGAAAACCAACCCUCCAAGCACGUGGACGGGACCAAGCUACGGUAUCCCCGGUGUCAGAAGAGUCCGUCGCAGGGUGCACUUUCUGCAAGCAUAACGGAGAGUCCAAGCACAUAUACAGCAAGCACAGCCUGAAGGAUAAACAAGGCCGGGUGGUGUGCCCCAUCCUGCGCAAUUAUGUGUGCUCCCAGUGUGGCGCCACCGGGGAUACCGCUCACACUCGCCGCUUCUGCCCACUCACCCAAAAGGACUAUUGCUCUGUGUAUCAGGGCACUCUGCGCAAUGCGGCCGGUAAGAAGAACAACAGAAAGGACUGAGGAGGGGUUGGCAAGGCCUGGGUACCCUGAGCACUGAGAGACAUUAUAUUAAUAAUAUGGUUCCUGUUACAGACUUCUAGUUAUUGCUCUGUGACUUCUGCUCUGUCUCAGUUACCGUUGCACUUUUCUUGUUAUUUUAUUUUUGUUCAGUAAAAGUUUUAAUAUUUCA